AUGAGCGCGCCACGCUCCGCGGCCGAGGCGCUCUCCUGCCUGCUGUGGCAGCCCUACGACUGCCGCUCGCCGCCCCUCGCGCGAUCGCGCACCGAUGGAGCUCUCGCCGUGUACCUCGUGCCGGCGGGGGACGAGGCGCGCGCGCUCCAGUCGCCCAGCGGCGGUCGUCAUGCGCGCGCGUCGUACCGCGCGAACAUUCCCCACCACGAGAUGCGGCUGCCAGUGCCGGCGCCCGCUCCGCUGCGCAAGUCGGACUCGGUCUCGGUGCGAGUUCCGGGCGAGCCGAGUCGGUCGGAUGUGUGUAAUGUGAACAUAGUGCAGGUGCAAGAUGCGCCCGGUCCCAUCGUGAACAGUGCGGUGCAGACGGAGAGAGAGAGGAGUGUAGCGAGUGCGGAGUGCCAGACUGAGGAGCCGGCGCGGCGGCGGCGGGUCCGGCGGGUGCGCGCACCGCGUGCGCCCGACCUGCUGGAAAGCGUACCGCCGCCGCCUUAUAGCACGCUGCCGCCGCCCUUGGCGGUGCCCGUGCCGGUGCCGGUGGCCGUACCCGUGCCGCCGCCUGCGCCGAUCGUCUCACCGCAUCCGCCAGUGCAUCGGUUCCCUUUUCAACCUAUACCUCUCAGAUCCGGAAGAGGCGCAGCGUAUGCAUGUUCUGAAGGGGAAGGCAACGCCCCGAAGUCAUGCUGUGGCCGGCCUCCGCUAAGGUUGUGUGUGCUCUUCCUAGGCGUCGUGGGCGCCUGCCUCGUGGCCGCUGGGGCUGUGCUUGGAGCCCUUAGGCCGCAUCCUCGAGCACCCCUCACAUUACUGCUCCUCAUGAUAGGCAUAGGUGUGGUGUUAGUAACCGCCGCAGGGUUAGCAUGGCGGCUGGGAGCUCGCGACGCCCCAUGCGCCUUGUUAGGGCUCCGAAGGGCGUCUUGUCGACGGCUGGUGCCACGACUGCCGCCGAGCUACGCGCGCCCUCACCACCCCUACGCGGCCAUGUUGUAUCCGGAGUUCCACUACAGGCCUCCGCCACCCACCUACCAAGCUUCCAUGCAAGAAUAUAGACUCAGGUUACUUCUCCUUGACAGAAGUGCGCCCGCGGUGUCGCCGCCUCCUACUUACAGAUCCAAUUCAGCUAGUCUAGUCAGAGGAUCCACGGGAGCAGCGUGGUGCGGCUCCGAGUACAGCGGACCGCCAUCCUACCGAGCGCCUCGCGUCGACCCUCCUGUAACAGUCACAGACACACUCCCUACCCUCACACAUCUAGAACUCAAAUACAAUGAUGACACAAUAGAACCCCUCCCAAAACCCACAGAACAAGAAAAAGACCCAGACGAACACCUCGUCACAAUAGUGCACACAGAAGCACAGCCUGUGAUUGUUACAGUGUCUGGGUCAACGGCGCUUAACGACACGCACAUCCAACCGCCUACCGAAAUCGACAUUUUGGCACAUUUAUAACAAACCAGUGGACUUCUAGGUUUAGAAGACACGAGGAUUUUAUCUGUGACCGGUUUGUACAGUGAUAUUUUGAGUGCUAUUUGUGAGAAGUGAAGUUUGGUGCCCUUUAUUAUGUUUAUGGAAUAUAAGUGAUCAUAACACAUUUAGAUGUUAAAAUGGUAUAAGGUUUUAUACAAAUAUAUAAAUGUACUUAAAAUUAGAUACAUUUAUAUAUUUGUUAGCGUUGUUUGACAAAAGAAAUGGAUCUAAGUACCUUAUUAUCAUAAAAAUAAGUUUUAUAUAAUGUAAAUAAAAAAGCACUGACAUAUAUUUGAUUUGCUUGUAUAAUUUAAAAGCGUGCCGUGUAUAUACUCGUAACUAGAUAAUACAAAAUGGAACUUUUAUUAAACCAAAACCUUCACCAUAAUGUACAACGUAUAAAAAUGAUGAUUAUUUAGUGCCAAUGGUUGUUUAAUAUUACGUAUAAUAAUUUGAUAACAUUUCAACGCUAAUUUUUUAACUGUACCUACCGUUUUAUUUUUAUUUGCUUACCUCGCGAACUAUUCCGUAUUUUAAUCGUAAUUUAUUAAAGCUUUACUAAAAUAAAAAUAAAAUGAUAAUUUAACGAAAAGAAGUGGUAAAGUAUUCAUACCAUAUUUUUGUUAAGUCUAAAAUAUUUCUUAAUAAAUUGUAUCCCUGCCAUAGAUCCGAAGCUGUUUUGACUUAAUAUAGUUUACGUACGUACCUAUUCAAGUGAAAAGAUAUACUGAUGUUGGCCCUGCAUGGUAAAACAACUCAUCAUAAUCGAUCCAGUUAAUUUUUGUGUACAAUGAUAACAAUAAAAUAAAUAUACAAACAUACAUACAACCUCCUAAAUUCAAUCAUACCACCUCUAUUAUAAACAUAGUCAAGACGAUAUUAUAGCUUUAUUCAUUUAUUUAUAUCUAAUUCUUCUUUAUACCUAUAUAAUACUAAAAUUGAUAUAGUUUUAGGGUAACGGAUAUUGCGAUAAAGUAUUGUAAAUAACGGAUAUUAUGUGAAUUACCGACGAAGGCACGAAAACCAGUAAAUAUUACCGAUAUAAUCAAUUUAUAUUUAUGUGGAACGGCUGUCACGUAUAGUAUUAUUAGAUAUAGGUUUUAUCUUUUAAAUAAAUGAAAAUUAAUGAUAACAUUAUUUUGUAAAUAUACCUGAUAGAUGCUUGAACCUCUCCUUUUUAUUCGGCAAUCAGAAUAGAAAAACAUUUUUAUCAUUCGUAUUACUGCAUACAUAUUUACACCCCAUUGGCUUUACCCAACAAGAAAACAUGUUAAGAAUUCAAAAAAGUUUAUUAGAGAUAGAAGCGAGACUGUUUUCUUUUAAUAACACAGAAAAUUAUCAAUUAUUAUUAUUCAGAGAAAUAGUUUCACUUCUUACUUGGGUUGGGUUUUUCAGGAAGGAAGGAAAUGUGCAUCCAACCCCGUGUCUUAUAGAGCACGUUUAAGCCAUCGGUCCCGGUAUUAUCACUAACAUGACAAUAAUCGUUAAGGCCUGCCAUCCUACGUUUGAGCAUCGUAAACUGAGCUUUGUUUAAGCUCUAAUUCUUGCGUCCCCUAUGGAAAGGAAGGCCAGUGUCCCGCACUGGUCCAUUGGCUAAGGAUGAUAUUAUCUUAAUUUUGACUUAUAACAUUAGAGGCGUGAAUAUAAAUCUUUUUUUUUACAACGAGUAGGUACAAAUUGUUGAGGUAGUUUCUACUAUAAGUAAAAGAAACAAAAUUUAGUUUAGCAACAGGAAAACAUAUUUUGCCUUCAUUACAAUAUGGAUACGUGACACAAGCCGCUUUCUUAUGUAAAUUGAAUAUGAGGUUACGAAUAACUUCAGUGCAGAUGUAAGUCUAAGUUGUAAGUAUCUUACCUGAUGUUACUUUUGAAAAAUUGUAUCAAUAAAUAUUGUAAUUAAUAUGCUGUACAUAAUGUUAUUUGUAAUAUAAGAAUAAAUAAAGAUCUUUAGUGAAAUAAAA